GCCAUAUUGAUGGGUGACCCGGAGAGAGGCGCCGGGCGAGAGGCGAGUGCCGAGGAGUGGUAGCGCGCGGCCCGCGGCGUGACGCCCAGUCCCUGCCAGUCCCCCAUGGCCCCGUGGAGCCGGAAGGCCGUGCUGAGUCUGUACCGGGCGCUGCUGCGCCGGGGCCGGGAGCUGCGCUACACCGAUCGGGACUUCUACCUCGCCGCCGUCCGCCGAGAGUUCCGGAAGAAUCUGAAGCUAGCGGACCCCGAGGCCCGAGAGAGGCAACUACAGAAAGGCCUGGUGUUCCUCCACAGCAAGCUGGGGGGGCUCCUCUAG